AUGACAAAAGAGUGCAGUGCCCUUAUCCAGAAAGACAUACCUACAAAGAAGAAGGACCCAGGGAGUUUUUAUAUCCCUUAUGCUAUAGGAAAUACAAUGAUUGAGAGAGGGUUUUAUGAUCUUGGAGCGAGUAUAAACUUAAUGCCCCUGUCUCUCAUGAGGAAGCUGCAAAUCAAUGAGUUGAAACCCACAAAUAUAACCCUUCAAUUGGCUAACAAGACCCACAAACAAGCACUAGGAGGGGUAGAAAAUAUGCUGGUUAAGGUAGGGAGGUACUUCCUCCCUACAGACUUUGUUAUUCUUGAGAUGGAAGAAAAUUAUCUUCAUCCAAUCAUUCUGGGGAGACAAUUCUUAGCUAUAGCCAAAGCACUCAUAGAUGUUGAGAAACGAGAGCUAAUGUUGAGAAUACAUGACAAACAACUACCCUUUCAUGUCUUCAAACCCUCACAUGAUUCUGAACAAGAGAACAGAGGCCUGAAUGAUGAUCAUGAGAAAGUAUAUUUGGAGGAAGAAAGCAAUGAACCACAAGCAGAGCCUCUGAAGGCAUCUCUGGUGGAAAAAUAG